AUGCCCACUGCCAAGGUGCUUCGUGUUCUAAUCAAGGGAGCUCCUUUCCGCUCAACAUGGCACGCAACUUCUCUUCUUGGUGUUCUAUUCGAUUCUGCGACCAUAAGUUCUCAGGCUCUUCGCGAUUCUACACGUCUUCCUCUCUAUCUCAGUGUCUCUAACUCUCCUCCUCUCUGUCCCAGUAUCCUUUACUCAUUGUCUGUAUUUCUCAUAUUUGUUAUCCCUUUUUUUUUCUUUAUAAUUCACUCUAAAUCUCGUCCUCUCUCUCUCUCUCUCUCUCUCUCUCUCAAUAUUUGUCCAUUUUUUCUCUUUCUUAUUGCUACACAUUCUCUUCCUCUCGCUUACUGUCGGUCUCAGUAUUCUUUUUCCUCUACUUCCCUUUCUCAGUAUCUUUUAUCAUAUCCCUUCUUUCUUAGUGUCUUUUAUCACAUACCUUCUUUUCUCAGUAUAAUUUAUCCCCCCCCACCACCACCAGCGGCUUCCUUUUUCGGUAUCUUUUAUCCUCCUCCUCUCUUUCCAAUUAAUUAUUCUCCCUCGAUAUCCGUUAUCCUCGUUUUCUCCUCCUCAGUGACUCCUCUUCCUCUCUGUUUCCUUACCUUUUUCACUCUUUCUUUUUUUUUUUCUUUCUCAAUGCCUCUUAACUUCUCCCGCUUUCCCCAUUUCCCUUUUAUACUCCAUCUCUCUUUCUCAAUGCCUACCACUUUCUUCCUCUUUUUUUUUUCUCAAUGUCUAUUGCUGCAUUCCUCUCUUUCUUAA